AUGAUAAACCAACCUUCCGGCCAGAUCAAGCUUACGAACGUUUCUAUUGUGAAACUGAAAAAAGGUAAAAAGAAGUUCGAGAUUGCGUGCUAUCAGAAUAAAGUUCAUGAUUUCAGGAAGGGCAUCGAGACUGACCUUGACGAGGUUUUGCAAAUCCACCAGGUAUUUAUAAACGUUUCUAAGGGACUUGUUGCACCUAAAGAUGAUCUAGCUAGCUGUUUUGACUCUACCGAUCUCGAUACUAUCAUUAAGGAAAUUCUCACGCGAGGCGAGAUGCCUCUGUCAGACAAGGAAAGGCAGCUGAUGAUGAACAAAAUCAACAACGAAAUGUUGACGAUUAUUAGUGCAAAGUGUAUCAAUCCGAAAUCCAAGAAAAGAUAUCCCCCUUCGAUGAUCCAUAAGGCUCUGAUGGAACUCAAAUUUAGGGUGGUCAUAAAUAAAUCUCCAAAGACCCAAGCAUUGGAAGCGAUCAAAGUUUUGACUGCUAGUCAAAUCAUUCCCAUCGCUAGAGCAAGAAUGAGAAUCAAGGUUGACAUGGACAAAACCGGUAACAAAGAAGUUAUUGAAAAAUUGUCAUCGCUCAUGAAGGCUGCCGAAGUCAAUGAAACGGACACCACAUGGUCGUGCAAUGCGCUCAUAGAUCCAGUCGCAUACCGGGUUAUUGUAGACCUGUGCAACGGUAAGGGAGUUUUACAAGUCUUGGACUUGGCUGUAAUUGACAGCAAAUAA